UGCGAAAAAAAAAACAACAAAACAACAACAGGGAAAAGGGAAGGGAAGGGAGGAAGGAGAGAAGGGGCGAGAGAAAAGGAGAGAAACGAGCAAAAUAAGAGGAGAAAAGGGAAACGGAUCGUGGGCGCUCGGAACGCGGGCGCGCAUACCGCCGCGUGCGCCGCCCUGCCAUGUGCAGCGAGAUAAGGGUGUCAGCUUGAGGUGUGGCGCAUGACUCGUAUUUCCACCUGUAUCUGAUUAAAUCGAAAGGUGCAAGAAAAAAAGACAAAGUUAUGUAAAUGGAGGAGGAAGAAAAACAAGAGGAGGAGGAGGAAGAAGAAGAAGAAGAAGAAGAUGGCGUAGCAUGUAAGACCCUCAACGGCAUCAGCUGAUCCACGUUUCCUCCGCCACAAAAACGAGUCCCAAAUGGCCCUUAUCGAAACAUUUUAAUGCGACUGUCAGAAAGGCGGAGGAACACCAUAUGACACGGAGAAAUAAUUUCAGAGCCGUAUUUACCUCGCGGCGAAGAAAUUACAAGAAAAAAUAAAAAAAAUAAAUACAAAUUAUAAAUAAAAUAGGUCCGUGAAAUAAAUGAACUUUAAGACCAGCAGUGGCGCAAAACACAUGAACUUUGAUGCAAAUCAGAAUUGUACGUAAUGUUUCCGCUCUCGCUUCAGCCUUCGUCCGGGACGUAAAAAUACUUCGCGAGCUUUUACAUGACGCCUUGGCAUUUGGCGUUUCUUUUUAAUCUCAACUUUUCUACAACUGAAAUAUGUUUUCGAUGUUCUAUUCGUAUUUUUCCUAUUUUCCGUAUUUUUAGAAGAUCAUAUAUUUAAGUUUGCUUUGCUAUUUUUGUUUUCAUCUUCGUAUUUUCAAUAUAGGGAUGCAAGUCAUCACACUCACACACAUACACACACACACACACACACACACACACACAUACACACAGACACACACACAUUAUUUGAAAUACAUUAGAAUGAAAUACAAACUUUAACCAAAAAACAAAGACAUUUUCAAUUCACGACUGAAAUACCAACAACGCAACUCGCCUUUCCCAACGCCAGACUUCCUUCCCAGCUCCAAAGACACGCAUUAGCAGGUCAUUUUUCACCUCUUGAAACGCAAGUAAUUACGACAUUUUCUCUUGAGGUUAAUGCGUUUUCUCUUCCCCUCUUAUCUUUCAUACGGGCAUCCACUUCUCGUUUAUAUAAUGUCUAGAAAUCCAAUCCAAGCAUUUACGGCAUUUUCCUUUCUGUGUGACAUUUUCUCUAAUCCCAUUGAUAUAGGAAUCAAAUUUCUAUUUGCAUACAAUCUAGAUUUAAGACCUUAUUCUCUUCCCUUCUAUCUUGUAAACCAUUAUGUGGUUUAUACAUGACGCAGAAACCCGCGAAGACGCCUUUUGUCUCGUAUUUCCAGGAGGAAAUGGAGUUGCCGCCGAUCGACCCCGAGCAGAUGGCCGUCCUGAAGCGCGCCUUCGACAGCUUCGACUCGGACAAGAAGGGCGCCAUCUCGACGGACACGGUGGGCGUGGUGCUGCGCAUGAUGGGCCAGACCGUCAACAGACAGAUCCUCAACCAGAUCAUCGAGGAGGUCGACGUGGACGGAUCCGGCGAGCUGGAGUUCAACGAGUUCUGCCUCCUGGCCACCAAGUUCAUGAACGAGGAGGAUGAGGAGGAGCUCAAGAAGGAGCUCUACGAAGCCUUCAGAUUAUACGACAAGGACGGCCAGGGCUUCAUCCCGACGGGCGUCCUGCGCGAGAUCCUGCACGAGCUGGACGACAAGCUCACAGACGAGGAACUCGACGGCAUCAUCGACGAGAUCGACCAGGACGGAUCCGGCACCGUCGACUUCGAUGAGUUUAUGGACAUGAUGACGGGAUAAGAAGCUCUGGACAAGAUUCGUCAUGCUAAUUUCACGACGGCAUCAUACGUCAUCCCAAUAUCAUGACGUCAUCACGUCAUCCAAAUAUCACUACGUCAUCCAGCUAUCUUGACGUCACCUAAAAAUCUCUGACGCCAUCACUACGUCAUCCCAAAAGUUUUGACGUCAUCCCCACGUCACCAAACAGCCCGGCAGCAGCGUCCGCCUCGCGAAACACCGGCCAAGGAGUGACCUUUUACCAUCUCUUUUAUGUCCCAUGGACUCGACUUCCUCUAAUUGGGAACCAACCGAAAUAUCAACAAAAGAAUAAAAGAAACCUUGACACAUUCUAGACCUCUGCAUUCACUUUAUUCAUGAGAACAUCUGCGUUCAAACUGCACUAGGCGUGUGCCUCUUCUUCAACGGGAAAGAGACAAGAGAACAGUGGAAUAACAGCCCAGCAAAAUCAUAACGAGAAAACCUCCCUCCCUCCUUAAGUUCUAGUACAAAGAGUCCAUAAGAUAUACACUGUGAUUAAAUCGUUGACGAAUAUUUUAUAAUUUUAUACACAUCUAACUUUAAGUUGCUAAGGUUCAAUAUAUUCAACUUUAUUUUGCUUGUUAUCUUGAUUGAGGCUUUAAUGCGCGUAGAGCUUUGUUCUGUCCUUUGUUACAGCUGUUCUCCCCCUCCCCCCUUCACCCCCUCCACUCCACUCCCUCCUUCCCCCCUCCCCCUCUGUAGUGACGCCAUGCCUGUUCCAUCUUGCGUACGUGUUGACAUGUUAACUUAAGGUUCUUGUAAAAAAAUAAAGGGAAAUUUGUAUAAAA